AGAUGCUUCAAGAAUGAACAGAGACUGAUUUGGAUUAUGUAUUUCUCAGCUAGACUAAAUAAAUGUUAACUAUGGAUAAAUGCAAACACAUUGGACAGUUGCAGCUUGCUCAAGACCAUUCCAUUCUCAACCCUCAGAAAUGGCAUUGUGUGAACUGCAAUACAAGUGAGUCGAUUUGGGCUUGCCUGAGCUGUUCCCAUGUUGCCUGUGGGAGAUAUAUUGAAGAACAUGCUGUCAAGCACUUUCAAGAAAGCAGUCAUCCUGUUGCAAUAGAGGUGAAUGAUAUGUAUGUUUUUUGUUACCUUUGUGAUGAUUAUGUUCUUAAUGAUAAUGCAGCUGGAGACCUGAAGUUACUACGAAGUACAUUAAGUGCAAUUAAAAGUCAAAAUUAUCACUGCACCACUCGCAGGGGAAGGGUUUUACAAUCUAUCGGUAUAAGUGGUGAUUCUUAUUUCUUACAUGAUGGUGCCCAAUCUCUGCUUCAAAAUGAAGAUCAAAUGUAUACUGCUCUUUGGCACAGGAGAAGGAUCCUAAUGGGUAAAAUUUUUCGAAUUUGGUUUGAACAAUCACCCGUUGGAAGAAAAAGGCAAGAAGAAAAAUAUCAGGAAAAAAUAGAAAAUAGAGAAGUGAAGAAAAGACGGCAAGAAUUAGAGCAUCGAGUUAAAGCAGAAUUGGAAAGCAUGCCUCCAAGAAAGAGUCUACGUUUGCAAGGUCUAGCUCUGUCCACCACAAUAGAAUUAGUUCCUGUUCAAGAACCACUACUAACCUCAGCAUCACCAGCAAAAGAUCAAGUAGUAUCUACCUCAGAGGACGUAAGAUACAAAAAAGCCAGUGACCCCUCAAUUAAACAAAGGCCAAUUGUAAUUCCUGGUGUAACAGGAUUAAGAAAUUUGGGAAAUACUUGCUAUAUGAAUUCUGUUCUUCAAGUGUUGAGUCAUUUACUUAUUUUUCGACAAUGUUUUUUAAAACUUGAUCUGAACCAAUGGCUGUCUGUGACAACUAAUGAUAAGACAAAAUCAUCUUAUAAGCAUCCACCAAUCACAGAUACAGUAUAUCAAGUGAAUGAAUGCCAAGAAAAAGAUAUGUUCUCUGUUCACUCCAGACAUCCAAGUUUAUCAUCCAGACUAAGUGUUGGAACAUCAAAGAGUAGAAAGAUGGAACUUAUUCAGCCAUGGAAGUCAAGUUCACAAUACAUUUCUCUCUGUCAUGAAUUGCAUACUUUGUUCCAAGUCAUGUGGUCUGGAAAGUGGGCCUUCGUCUCACCAUUUGCUAUGCUACACUCAGUGUGGAGACUAAUUCCUGCUUUUCGUGGUUAUGCCCAACAGGAUGCUCAGGAAUUUCUUUGUGAACUCUUGGAUAAAAUACAACAUGAACUAGAGACAACUGGUACCAGGUUACCAGCUCUUAUCCCCACUUCUCAAAGGAAACUUAUCAAACAGGUUUUAAAUGUUGUGAAUAAUAUUUUUCAUGGACAACUUCUUAGUCAGGUUACAUGUCUUGCAUGUGACAACAAAUCAAAUACCAUAGAACCUUUCUGGGAUUUGUCACUGGAAUUUCCCGAAAGAUACCAAUGCAAUGGAAAAGAUAUGGCUUCCCAGUCAUGCCUGGUUACUGAAAUGUUGUCCAAAUUCACAGAAACAGAAGCUUUAGAAGGAAAAAUCUACAUAUGUGACCAUUGUAACUCAAAGCGUAGAAGGUUUUCCUCAAAAACAGUUGUACUCACAGAAGCCCAAAAACAGCUUAUGAUAUGCCACCUACCUCAGAUUCUCAGACUACAUCUCAAACGAUUCAGAUGGUCAGGACGUAAUAACCGGGAGAAGAUUGGUGUUCAUGUUGACUUUAAAGAAACCUUAAACAUGGAGCCCUAUUGCUGCAGGGAGUCCGUGAAAUCCCUCAGACCAGAAUGUUUUAUCUAUGACUUAUCUGCUGUAGUAAUGCACCAUGGGAAAGGAUUUGGCUCAGGACACUACACUGCCUACUGCUAUAAUUCUGAAGGAGGGUUCUGGGUACACUGCAAUGAUUCCAAGCUAAGCAUGUGCACUAUGGAUGAAGUACGCAAGGCCCAAGCUUAUAUCUUGUUUUAUACCCAGCGAGUUACUGAGAAUGGACAUUCUAAACUCCUGCCUCCAGAAUUCCUGUCUGGUAGCCUACCUCCUAAUGAAGAAGCUGAUACCUCUAAUGAAAAGCUUAGUUGA